ACGCCAUUACUGUCUGAAAUCAUAUUCACAUUUAAUUAUGGACCCCCGUAGAAGUGCCCAGGACGUGAUGCGAUGUGACCUGUGUAAGACCGCUGUGGUACAGAUGCACUGUGACACAUGUCUUGUCAACCUGUGUACGGCUUGUGUAGGAAAACACAUGAUUUCUGAUGAAUCAAAAAAACAUGAAAUUGUCAAAUUCAAGCUUCGAAAAACUACUCCAAAAUACCCAGGAUGCACAUUUCAUAGGGAACCAUGUGAAAUGUACUGUAUUCAAUGUGACAUUCCUGUCUGCAUCAGUUGUGUUGCAUCUCAUCAACACAAAGGCCACACAUUUUUGAAAAUUUUACAAGUUUUGGAUGAAAGAAAAAACAAAAUUAUGAAAGACCUAACUGAAUUAAAUGAGAAUUUUUAUCCAACCUACCAGGACAUUGCCUCUGAUGUACAAAACAGAAUGAGUCAGUUAAAAAAGGAAUAUGGAGAUCUCUCAACAGCCAUAACAAAACAUGGAGAGAACUGGCACAGAGAAAUUGACAAACUUGUCCAGAAACUUAAAGCUGAAGUUGAUGAAAUGAAAAACACACAUUUACAAACUCUACAAAAACAUCUCGAUGAAAUAAACAAGAACAUUUCUGACAUCAAGGAUGAAAUCAAUUCAAAUGAUGUCAUUGUAAAUGAAAAUGAUACUUCAAAACUAUUCAGUAUAACAUAUGACAUAAACAGAUAUAGAAUUCUUCCAGAGAAAAUAGUGCCUUCUUUACCAAAAUUUACUCCAGGAAGAAUUGGAGAAGAACUUGGUGAAUUAUUUGGAACCUUAUCAUCAAGUUCUUUAACUUUAGAUAAACAUGGCUACAGCAUGAAGACAACACAGAAAUCACCAGAAGCUGGAUCCUCUCCUCCAGUCAAACAGCUACUUGAUGAACCAGAGACUGUCACCACCAUAGACACUGGGUUCAGCAGUUACCUUUACAAUGUGGCUUGUCUGAGUGAUGAAGAAAUCUGGACAAGUGGAAAUGACAGUACCAUGAAACUCUACAGCAUCAAUCAGGGAUCACUACUCAAGUCAAUCACAACCAAGUCAGGGAAACAGCCAUUUGACAUAGCAGUGACAAAGAGCGGAGAUCUAGUUUAUACUGAUUACAAUGAUAAAACUGUGAAUAUUGUGAAGAAUGAGAAUAUAGAGCAGGUGAUCAGAUUACAGAACUGGAAACCUCUAUGUGCCCGUCGUACCUCCUCUGGUGACCUCCUGGUUAUCAUGUACAAUAAUGAUGACAAACAAACAAAAGUUGUCCGUUACUCUGGCUCCACAGAGAAACAAACCAUUCAGUUUGAUGAUAAAGGUAAACCUCUCUAUUCAUCUGAUUAUUAUAACAGAUACAUAACUGAGAACAGGAACCUGGAUAUCUGUGUGUCUAACUGUAAAGCUGAAGCAGUAGUGGUGGUCAAUCAGGCCGGGAAACUGAGAUUCAGGUACACUGGACAUACUCCUGCUCCAAAGAACAAACCAUUCAGUCCACGAGGAAUCGCCACAGACAGUCAGAGUCACAUCCUUACAGCUGAUAUUAACAAUGACUGUGUCCACAUCAUAGACCAGGAUGGACAGUUCCUCCGUUACAUAGACUGUGGACUGAGUGAUCCCUAUGGACUGUGUAUAGAUACAAACGACAAUCUGUUUGUUGCUCAAUGGUUAAACAGACAAGUGAAGAAAAUCAAAUAUCUCAAUUGAAUUAUAACAUUACAUAUUUACAAAACUUUUCUUUGUGGAAUAUAUUAUACAUCUUCAUUCAUUUUGUGCAAUUUAUGCAAAUGAUAAUCUUUUACGUAACAGGGAACACACAAAGAAAAUCAAAUAUAAGAAUUAAAAUCCCAUAUCUUGACCUACACAAAUAUUUUUUUUUGUUUCAUAAUCAUUUAUGAAUUUGCAUAGGGAGUGAAAGUAGUUGAUUGACCGAUGCUGGAAAGUGGAGAAAUUAUCUCCUUUCAAUGCACAAAAAUCUUGCACAUUUUUUGCAUAACAGGAUCUGUAUAGCAUUAUGGUCAAUGACUAAAAUAUAAAAGAAUAAUUUUAUUGUUCUGCAGCUACUUAUCUUUCUUGCCACUGUUUUUUAAAAAACAUGUAAUUGUUAUCUUAACGAUUAUAAUAAUUAAAUAACGUUUUGAAAAAUCAAAAUUGCCUAUCUCUGACACUUUGAUAUAGGCAUGUUUUACUGUCAGUGGUUAACUCAUCAAUUUAAUUCGUUUCAGUAAGAUGCAGUGCUAAGAAGGAUUUUUUUCCUCUUCCACUUGUCAAUUUAAUGUUUAAUUGACCAAACCUUAAUAUUUUUGGCCCACACACUUACAGUGAUUGCACU